AUGGUUCGUCUUCUUCUCUUAGUCUCGCUGGCAAGGGGAUUGAAGAAGCAUUUGAAGAGGCUUAAUGCCCCUAAGCAUUGGAUGCUUGACAAACUUGGUGGUGCCUUUGCCCCCAAGCCAUCUUCUGGACCACACAAGUCAAGGGAGUGCCUUCCUCUUGUUCUUAUCAUCCGUAAUCGAUUGAAGUAUGCACUGACUUACGGUGAGGUGAUUUCGAUCUUGAUGCAAAGGCAUAUUCAAGUUGAUGGGAAGGUCAGAACUGACAAGACAUACCCUGCUGGUUUCAUGGAUGUUGUGUCUAUCCCAAAAACGAAUGAAAACUUCCGACUUCUGUAUGACACCAAGGGACGUUUCCGUCUCCACUCUAUCAGAGACGAGGAAGCGAAGUUCAAGCUGUGCAAAGUGAGAUCGAUCCAGUUUGGUCAGAAGGGUAUUCCUUACCUGAACACCUACGAUGGUCGCACGAUCCGUUACCCUGACCCGCUUAUCAAGCCUAACGACACAAUCAAGCUCGACCUCGAGGCGAACAAAAUUGUGGAGUUCAUCAAGUUUGAUGUGGGAAAUGUUGUGAUGGUUACUGGAGGAAGAAACAGAGGGCGUGUUGGAGUGAUCAAGAACCGUGAGAAACAUAAGGGAAGCUUUGAGACCAUCCACAUUCAAGACUCGACGGGACAUGAAUUCGCCACGAGGCUAGGGAAUGUGUUUACGAUUGGGAAAGGAACAAAGCCAUGGGUUUCUCUUCCAAAGGGAAAAGGUAUUAAGCUUACAAUCAUCGAGGAAGCUAGGAAGAGGCUUGCUGCUCAACAAGCAGCUUAA